AUGAGCGCCAGCGGCAGCAACACCCACAAUAUAGCCACCGCUACCGUCACGGCCACCGUCACCAGCUCUGGCAUCACCACUGGCACCGGCACCGGCAGCGGCAGCAGCUCCUCGCACAUAUUUCGCUCGCUGUCAUCGGAGAGCCAGAAACGGGAAUGGUCCAAGCGUCUGUCGCUGCGUGGCAUGCGGCAUGGCGGCGCGGGCGCCGCGAGCCUCGCUACCAGCAAAGAGGAGAGCAUGAGCGCGGGCGUAGCCGCAAGUGGCAAACACCGCAAAUUCUUUAGCCGCUCCGCUUCCUUGAAGCAGGCGGGCAGCGGCGGCGGCAGCACGCAAGCCUCCAUGGAAUUGCAUGUACCUGGACACUCAUCGGCAGCUGGUUCGCCAUCUGGACUGGCCCAGCCGCAGCCACUGACACAGCCGUCGACGCCAAAGAAAUCCAAUUGGGAGGUGAUCGAACAUUUCAAUACCAGCGCCAAGGGAGGCAAGGCGAUGGUGAGCAGCAGCCUGAUUGCGGCUGGCAUCACACGCUGCAACAUUGACGAGUCAAUUGAUUCAACCAACUCGAGCUCCACCUGCCACAGCCCAAUGAUCUAUCAGCGCGACGAGGCGCAGCUGCUGCAGCAAUCCGAUGGCCGGAGCAAUGUGGAGGCCAACAAUCCAAGCACCACGGGCACUCAGGCAGCUAGUCCCAGCAUCUCGUUCUGGUAUCGCUUGAAUCGCAUCAUUCUGCGUCUGUGCUCGACGCAUCAGUUCAAGAACCUGCAGGUGGAAAUGCUUUAUCAGCGUUAUUUUCUGCGUAUGAAUCAAAGUAAUACCACGCACAUUCUGGCCCUGUUGCUGGCGCUUAUUUUGGCACUAUCCUGCACGCAAAUUGUCUUCACAACGCUGCAACUGCGCCGCAGCCAAUCAACUGACACGGGCCUCACAUCGGCAACGAUCAGAUUGGCGCCUCAAUUUCUGGACGCCAAUAGAACCAGCGAGAACCUUACGCACUUUAUGCCAGAAUUGCCACCGCCCACACCACAGCAAAUGAGCCAUCAGACGGUGUCCAUAACGACGCCAACAACGCCAAGCGCAGCACAAAUUCCGAACAGCAUCGAGCUGCCGCAUGCCCGCAACGAUAAUGGGGCACAACGGCCAACUGUGGCAGCCAGUUGGGUGACGGGGCGCAGGCAGAAGCGUAAGCAUUAUCGACGCAUGCACAAGCAUCGCUACAAGCAGUACCAGCAUCGGGUCAGAUACAAACGUGCCGCGCAGCCACUGUUCACUGACAUUGACCGACUGAAUGCGGCCUCUGUGGAUGUUGUUGCCAUUGUUGAUGAUGAUGGAGAUGAUGGCGUUAAACGCUUUACGGAGGAGCGCAACAACAACGAAAUCCGCCGACGUUUGUCCUUCUCCGGCAGCCGCCAGGCACGUGAUGAAGUGCCCAAACUGACGCUGUUUGAUGGCGAUGCCAACGGCACGGACCAGGAGCAGAAGGAGGAGGUGCCUGAGGCGCAGACAGAAUCUGGACUUCUGUUCUGGUUUUUCUCAUUGUGA